AUGGCAGGCAAGAAGGGCAGCAAGAGAGCAAACACCCCGAGAGACCCGUUUGAAAAGGAAAGACUGAUAAGAGAAAUCCAGUUGGUUGGUGUGUAUGGCCUGAAGAAUAAGCACGAGCUCUGGACGAUGGAGAAAAUAUUUUCAAAGGACAAGGAACGUGCACGUACACUCCUUACAUCGACAAAUCCAGAGGACAUCCCUAUCAAUGGAAGGUGUCUUCUCAAGAAGCUGAUGAAGUACGGAAUACUCAAUGGAAUCGAUCUUUGUGACAAGGAAAGAGUUAUUGAUGGUCUGAACAAGGUUCUUGACCUCACAAUCAACCAUUAUCUGGAAAGACGUCUCCAGUUCCGAGUGUUUGCAGCAGGCCUAGCAAGGUCUGUGCACCACGCAAGAGUUCUUAUCAGAGGAAGAUGCAUCUCAAUCAAGGACCAGAUUGUCGAUGUCCCAGGCUUCAUGGUAAGGGCAGAUAAAGAGCCGCUCAUCGAAUACAACCCAUACUCACGCUUUGGAGACAAAGGUAAAAAGAAAGCAGAGGCUACUGUGGAAAGGGGAUGA